AUGGGCUGGUUCUGGGCCGACACCACAGCCACCCCGGUUGUCCCUCCGGCGGACAAGAGGCAUAAACACAUCACUGAGGCCGGUACCCCGCCUGCCGGAUGUCCUAUGCACAAAGUCACCGUUGAUGCCUUCACUCCUCCUGCCCGUGCCGCGAGCCCAACGCCCCCCUCCUGCCCUGUUCCGCACGGCAACCCCACCGCAAACGCAGCGCUAGCCUCCCGUCCCGUUCCGCAUGAUAGUCAAGGCUCGUCUUCAGAACAACGGCAGGAGCCAUCGAUGCUCUCCAAGCUUAACCCACUCAACUACAUGUUUCAGUCUAUCUCUCAAGAGCAGGCUCCCGGUCAGACCCAUGUGCUCCCGACCAGUCGAGACGAAUCUUCUAUCCCAAGAGGCACCGGCGAAAGCAAUUGGGAGUACCCUUCGCCUCAGCAGAUGUAUAAUGCGCUGCUGCGUAAGGGCUACACGGACACGGACAUCACGGCUGUCGAAAGUAUGGUCGAUGUCCAUAACUUUUUAAACGAGGGAGCCUGGGGCGAGAUUGUCGACUGGGAGCGCAGGUUUGCCAGGGGCUUAUCCCGGGGCUGGGAAGUCAGUAAACGCGGAGAAGAGAACGCGCCGUUAGCCCUUAGGCGUUUAGAGGCGCAGGAGGGCGGCCAGACACAACCCACCCUCAUCAGGUUUCAAGGGAGACCAAAAGAGAUGACCCCAAAGGCGGCUAUGCUACAGCUGCUAGGGCGGGUAUAUCCAUCCAAGUUCGGCACCGAGCCGCCUUUUGAUCGCCACGACUGGUUCGUCUCGCGCAAUAUCAACGGCCAGAAGAAAGAGGUCCGCUACGUGAUCGAUUUCUACUCGGCACCUCCGGAGCCAACUGGUGAGCCAGUCUUCUACCUGGAUGUCCGGCCCGCCAUAACACCCACCGCGGCUGUGGAGCGGUUGAUGCGGUGGGGCGGGGAUGUUUGGUGGAGGGCAUCGGGUGGUGACGUCCGAGAGCAGGCAAACAGCCGGAAUCGACAGGAUUGA